GGGGGCAGGAAAUGGCGGGUGGUCCCUAAAGCGGCCGUGGCUGGGGCCAUGGCGGAGUCCGGCAGCGGUGUCCGCCUCCUGCUCGACCUCCCCAGAGCACAAGAGCAAACACUGAUCCCAAUGCCUAUCUGGUUAUUUGUGACAGCACAAUAUAGGUUUUUAAUUGUCCUGCCUGGGAAGAUUCAGAAGAAAGCAGGAAGAUGCCAUGAAGAAUGGUAAUGUCUUCAGAGCUUGACAAAGAACAUUUCCAGAUAUGCUGCAGAUAUUAAGCCGUUGCCUCCCAAUAUAAAGGAUAAACUGAUUAAAUUAAUGAGUAUUCAGGGGCAGAUAACAGAUUCAAAUAUUGGUGAGGUGCUGCAUCCUGCAGUGGAGGCGUUAGACCUCAGAGACUGUGAUAUUUCAGAUAAUGCCCUGUUGAAGCUUUAUAUCUGCAAACAUCUAAAGAAAAUAAACUUGAAUUCUUGUAAAGAAAACAGAUUAGGCAUCACUUCAGAAGGAGUUGCAGCUCUGGCCUGGUCCUGUCCUUAUUUACGUGAAGCUUCUUUUAAAAGAUGCUGCAAUCUGUCAAACAGUGGAGUACUUGCACUUGCACUCAAUUGCCAACAUUUACAGAUAGUUAACUUAGGCAGCUGCUCAGGCAUCACAGAUGCAUCCUUGCAUGCGCUAGGACAGAACUGCAAAUUUCUACAUAGUGUGGACUUUUCAUCUACUCAGGUAACAGAUGAUGGUGUUAUAGCACUCGUUAGUGGAGUGUGUUCAGAAAAUUUAAAGGAGAUCCACAUGGAACGCUGUGUAAAUUUGACAGAUAUAGCUGUGGAAGCUGUUCUUACCUGUUGUCCAAAGAUAUACAUUCUGUUGUUCCAUGGAUGCCCACUGAUGACAGAUCGUUCCCGAGAAGCAUUGGAGCAGUUAGUUGGACCAAACAAAAUCAAGCAAGUGACAUGGACUGUGUAUUGAUUUAGUGUAAGGGUCACAGAUCAUAUAGCUUUUUCAGGAAAUUACGUUUUCUGGGGAACAGCUUCUUUUCCGGUAACUGGUACUUUCUGUCUCACCAGAUUGCUUCAUUCUCUCUCUCUCCACUAGAGGUCUCUGUUACCAUCCAAGUGAUUUCAGGUCCCAGGCUCCUGUAUCAAUGCCUUGUUAUUUGGUAUUUUCUUUAAUUAAAGCACCAUCUUUCUUUACAUCAUAAGAUGGAUCAUAUUUCAUUAAAAAGACACUUUGAAAUUAAUAUUUAUAUUAGGAAAAAUGCCUUGGAACCACAGGCAAAGCCCAGGCUCCACUGUGCAAAUGUGAUGCAGUCCCUGCCCUAAAGAGCUUGCAGUCUAAGUGCUUCCCUCCAAAUACUUAGGCUGCCUAUACACAUGCUCAGGGGUGUCAGGGAGUGUUUUAAUUAGAGUGGUUCCCAGAGAGCCACUCUAAUUAAUUAAAAUGCCUCACCAUCAUGUGCAUUAAGCCUCUGCAGGUUUAAUAAUGGCCACAGGAUGCUUUAUCGAAACCUCAUUUGACAAGGUUUCGAUAAAGCGCCCCAGCAGCCAUUUUUAAACAUGUGGAGGCUUAUAAACAUGACUGUGAGGCCACGCUGGAGAUUUCUGAUUAGAAUGUAGAACAGGCUCAGUCAGUCUGCUCUGGCAUGUUCUAAUUAAAAUGUGAAACAGCAUGCGUAUAGGCAGCCUUUAUGUCUACAUACAUGAGGAGUUCCCUCAGAAGUUAAUAGCAUUACUCACAAGCAUAAAGUAUGUGCUUUUUUACAGGAUCAGAAGCAAAGUUUAUGACAAAAUACAGCAGAUAGUGUAGGUGAAGAAAGGGGGAAGUAAUAGAAAAACACACAUGGCCUUCAUAAUGACAGCUAGUCUCAGUUCACCACUUUCUUAACUAUUAUAUUCCUAUUUUUAGGAAUAUAAAUUGGUAGGUGUUAUUCAUGCUGUUGCUUUUCACUUUGUUUAACCACCAUAUACUUACCUGGAUUUUUAGGCAAGAAUUGUUGUGGGGGAGAUCUUUUAUUGACCAACUGCAUGGUUAACAUAGACAAAGGCAAGAUUUUGGGUAUCAUGGUAGCCUUCCUCAGGCCUCUGGAUUUUUAUAAGCCCAAAAACAUAGCCCAUAAGCAGAUAAAUACCACGAGAAUUUUAAGACAGCUUAAACUUAAGUAUAAUAGCGAUGACUUAAUGAGCUCUCUGAAUAUCAGCAGAUAGCCAGUUCUUUUAGCUUUUAUCAGCAUUUAUACAUGGAAGUGCUGAGAUGGAAAGAUAGGCCCAUCUCAGUUCUGAAGUGUAACUGAACAGAAGAACUGGAACCUGGAUUUAGUAUUGUCUUUGACUCUCUGCCAACCCCACAUCAGUCUAAAUCAGCACAGUGUGUGUUCCUCAAGUAAUUUAGUUGAACCUCAGGCCCCCUGAAAAAUCUAUACAUUCAUUAAAAUAUUGUUUGACCUUGAAUUUCUAAAAAUACAUGCAAGUCCAGGAAUUUUAAUUUUCAAUGUUACUGGUUUAGGAUUAAUUUAUCACAUGGUUCUGCAGGGUCUUCUGGUGUUUUGCAAUUGUUAUGCUGAUUUCUGUCCCCUGUGGGUCUAUUACAGUGUAAGUGUUCCUGUGUAUGUUCAGUGGGUGUGUGUUAAACUUUACCUAGCAAAUGGUGGUAAUUCUGUGUUAUACAGAGGGUAUUUGAAUGCCCUGCGUUACUAUUCUGCUUUGGGAAUAUCUAUAUUUAAAUUGGGUGGCUAGGAAUUCUGUAGAAUUCCUGACUAUCAACAAUAUUUAAGUGUAGGUAACACUAAGGAGCAGAUUUACUUUUUAAAAUCCAGCAUUGUUACAAUCCAGGUUUAUGUUAAGCUCAUAACUCCACCAUAAGUAAAAAUAGUCUUCUAUCAAUCUUUUCAGAACUCUGGUUGAACAAAGUAAAGGUAAACCUCUAAACAAAAUGAGACAAAAAAAUGUGUUGCACCUUACAAACAUGUAUAACACGUUGCAGUGUCAACACUUAUCUCCAAUCCUGUGUUAGUUACACAAGUUAUAGAAAAUAGUGUUCAAGCAGGUUUACUGAAUGAUGUGUACAUUCUUGAGCUAGGUUGCUUAAAUCCAUAUUCCUCCAAAUCAGUGCUAAGGCCUUAUCUAGAGUGGUGACUUGCUCUAAGUGCAACCACAGGUAAAACUGCAUUAGUGCAAUUUAAUAUUAAUUAAUUAAUUAGUGCAAUUUAGUACUGCAAGCAGGCAGAGCUGCAGUUUGCUCUAAUGCAGCAAAACCAGUGUUAGCAACUGGGGCAACUGCCUUGUCUAAACAAAGAAAGAUUCAGUCAGCAUUAAGGCCCCUGCCGCUUAAACACCUAAAAGAUCCAUUUAAAGAUCCAUUAAGCAUUCCCAUGCUAGCCUACAGGUAACUUACUAUUCUGGCACGUUGCAAUCCUGUUAUUAGUUCAGGCCAAUUACUCCAAAGCUAUUGAGGCCGCGCAGGAGACAUACUUUACGUUGCACCUCUGCUGAACCAUCUCAACUGAUUAAAAUGCAGCACUGACAGGCUCAAGAUGUUUAGUCAAUAAGGCACAAGCAGCAGUGGUUGCACAAACCAGGGCUUCCAAAAGGAAAAAACAGCUACAGUGUAACUAUUGCAAGAAUGCUGCUUCACCUGCCCCUGAGCCAGAGUGGAAAGUUGUACUAUAGUACCCUAAGGAUGGACAGCAUAAAGUGUAAGGCAGCCAAAAAUGGGAGUUCCUCAUAGCUUUAACAAAGAAGCAGUGAUUUGCAGGGAAGGGAAAAUGUAUUUGUUCCUAGUGGCACAGAAAUGCUGUUAACUUUUAUGGAUUUGAUUUGGAAUUAUACACUACUCUUUCUUCUGUUAACUGAGCUGUAUGUCAUGCUGAAGGAUGAUACAGCUUACAUUCACCUUUGAAUAUUGCAUGCAGCUGUUUUGUUGUCUGUUAACCACUUCUAGAAUAUUCAACUUAGUGGGAUAUUCUCAACUUGUUUUAUACAUAAAUGCCUACACACUGAGAUGAACAAAUCUCCUUGAAUGACAUUUCCCUGUCCUUAGGGUUCUUCUUUGAAAGCUUGAUGUAUCAUUUGCAUUUUCAUCUCUGCAGCUUGAUUCUGAUCUCAUGAGGUUUUGUUUUGAGGGGUUUUUUUAUUUUGGGGUUGUUUUUUGCAGUGUAACUCCACUGCCUUCAGGAAUGAUUCUUUAUUUAAAAUCAGGUUUCUUGUGUUUGCAAAUGUGAGGUGGAAUGGAAAAAUAGCAUACUAGUAUGCACCAUAUGAAGAUGUGGUUAAUUCUUCAUGUUUUAUAGUACUUCUAGUUAUUGUCCCUGUUGUACAGUGUUGAGUAACACACUGUGAAAAUGAGCACUGCAUGUAUUUGUGAGUAUUUCUGUAUUGUUUUGAAAAUCAAAACCAGUAAAUCUUUAAACUGGA